AUGGCGCUUUCGCACCAAGAGCUCCUUCGACUCCACCAGAAGGCUACAAUGCUCCUUGAGCACAAGCUGAAGAAGAUCCCGGCGCGCGUGUGGGCGUCCGGUCGCCACCCCACCAUCAGCGACAUCUACGAGCGUCCGAACGAGCUGGUCAUCGAAGAGAUCAACCCGCAAACCCAACUCGCCUUCAUCUUCGAAAACUUCGACAAGUUCGCCGCCGCCGGCUUCCGCGCGCGCAGGCACGAGCAAGACAUGCUCGUCACCGUCGCCAUCUUCUACUGGCAGAUGGACCCCACGCACUCCUUCUCCCACCGCCACAAGGAAGUCCGCUGGAACGUCCUCCUCGCCCUCAUCAAGCUCAAUGCCCCCGACUCCGACACGCUCGGCGACGAGCUCACCCACUACCUCAACUCGUUCAUCGACGCGUGGAUGGACGCUUGCUUCCGCGUCGAGUGGGGUACUGCCGAGGACCGCGCACACGAAACGCGCGACUACUUCAUCGCGAGGUGCUUCCGCGGCGGCAGCAAGCUCGAUCUCGUGACGUGGACGUCCAGUCCGCGUAAGGCCAUGGCCACGGCGGUCAAGAAGCUGGAAGCCCUCGUCCCGCCGAUGCCCUUCGAGCCCAAGGAGUUCUGGACCAAGGCCCGCGAGCAGCCCGUCGAUGAGUGGAAGCGCAAUGGCCGCGCGUGGGCCAUGCAGUAUGUCAUCCACACCGAGGGCCUGUACGCGCAUUUCGAUCAGCAGGAGAGGCAUCUGGAGGCGCAGAUCUUGCUCGAGGGUGGAGAUCUGACCAAGAGCUUCGGCAACAUGGGGGUGGAGGGCGCGCCUCCUCAGUAUCUCUGCGAGGCGCUGUUCGAGCAGCCGCUCGUCAAGGCCUUGCUUGUCGAUGUCGACGAGGAUGUUCGUGCUGCGCCGGCGGCUACCUACCCGCCUUGGAUGUCUCCAGCUCAGGCCAUCGAGCUGAUUGAAGGUGUUGCGCAGGGCGUGGACGACAUCACGGAAGGCCUCAAGGGCAUGUCGUAUCUGGAGGAUAAGAUGGAGAUGUAG